UGCCUUUGUUAAGUUUUCCUCGCACAACGAAGCCCAAGCAGCCAUCCAUGCUCUUCACGGCAGCCAGACCAUGCCCGGUGCUUCUUCCAGCCUCGUGGUGAAGUUCGCGGACACAGACAAGGAGCGGACGCUGCGGAGAGUGCAGCAGAUGGUGGGGCAGCUUGGCAUCCUCACCCCCUCUUUCGCCUUGCCGUUCAGCCCGUACAGCGCGUACGCUCAGGCGCUGAUGCAGCAGCAAACGGUCCUGUCGGCUUCCCAGGGUAGCUUUCUCAGCCCCAGCCUCACUUUCUCACCGUGCCACAUCCAGCAGAUCGGCACCGUCAGCUUGAAUGGCCUGCCAGCUGCCCCAAUUGCACCAACCUCAGGGUUACACUCACCUCCUCUGCUGGGCACAGCUGCUGUCCCAGGACUGGUCACCCCCAUCAGCAACAGCUUUGCAGGAAUGGUGGCCAUUCCCAGCAGCCACCCCGCCCUGGAGACAGUUUAUGCAAACGGGCUGGUCCCCUGCCCAGCCCAAAACUCAUCUGUGGCAGAAUCCUUGCAUCCGAAUUUCACAGGUGUCCAACAAUAUGCAG